AUGAUGGGGCCGCCCAGUCAUCAACCACCGCCUAUUAUGGUUCAACAACAACAGGCUUUUCCUACUUCUCAACUACAGGCCACUGAUCAUGCUCCCUCAUCUUGGCAGUAUCUUCAACAUGAUGUUGGUUCUUGUACUUCUAGUCAGGUAGUGACACGAGCUUGUUCAGGAAAUCCUGCAUUUGGACUUGGAGGCUACCAACACCAAGAUGACCAGCAACAGGCAAUGGCGUAUAAUCCAGUUGGCUCCCAGCCGGCGCACCAGCUACAGGAGCAAGGACAACAAGUUGUAGUCCAGAGUAAUAUGCAGGCUUCGUCGGCGCAGGCUGUAGAAGUACAACAACCUCCGUCUUUCGCGAUGAGAGCGGAGAUGGCUAGAACUAAUUCUUCGCGCUCUGUUGCUGCUCUUCCUUCCCAACUACAGCAACAACAUCAAGUCCAAAAACCAAACUUCGUUGCUGCAGCCAGUCGUGCUAAUUCAUCUACUGUGAUGACGGCUUCGCCACAAGUCGCCGCGGCCAAGCAAGGCGAUUCGAGUGCCGUUUCGUCAAGUCCGCCACAAGCUGCUCGUGCAAAUGGAGCAUGGAAGCCUCCUGGGAGUGAGCAGCGGAAUGUUGAGAAGGCGUCGCCAAGUCCUAGCCCUGCGAGUCAACGCUCUGCCCUUUUCUCAUCAAAAUGCCUAGAUGACGCCCGAAAACAAAAAAAUGGAGGUGCGAGGAAGAACAGCAAUUCAUCUCCUUCCCCCGAAGAUACGCAAAGUACGACUUGCGAAACUGCAACGAGGAAGGCAUCUAAUGACAGCACAGGCAGCAGCAGUGCCGCUGCACAUACAGUAGAGCGAGGUGUAAGUAGUGCAUCAAGCUCUUCUGCAACUAGACCGCGGGCUCCAUCUGCUGGAGCAGGUAGCAGUGUUGCACUCACACGUGCUUGUUUCCCUAAGACCGCGAGAACUCUCAAGGCUUCUGCUACCCCUGCUGCAUUGUCCUCUAGCGCACCUGGAUCCAAAUCGUCUUCUGGCGCAAUGUUGGUAGCAGAGACUGAAGCAUCGGGUGGCCAGGGACAAAAACAGACACGAGAUCGAGUACCACUGCAACGAACUGCAUGCACUGCUAGUUGUCCUGUGAAAAUGAUCCUGAGCAGUUGCAGGUGGUCGGACGUCGAUGAAGAUGUUGAGGAAAUACAGAUGGCAGGAACUCCAAGUUCAACAUGUUUGCCUCCUCCAUUAAUACGGCGGCAGUUUGGAGAUAAGUCGCAAUCCUUUGCCAGUUCCUCGUCGGCAAGUUUUAAAGGAUCAUAUAAUUGGUCGAGUAAUAAAGGACUACAUGAUAAAUCAGGAUUGAAGAAGGGAGAAGGUGGAAAGAAAGGUGGCAAGGAACAUGAGUGCAACAAAGGACAGCAUGACUUUAAGAAAGGAGAAGGAAAGAAGGGCAAGGGAAAGGAACAGCAUGAGCCCAACUUCAAAGGGGAAGGAAAGACGAAUAAGAAGGGUGCUGGAAAGAAUUAUCAACUACAUGCUGAGUCUUCUACUAGUUGUAACGUCAAUAAUAUUAGAGGGCAACAUCAAGCAUCAAGUGCAAGUCGACGCCCUUCAUCUUGUUCCUCGAAGGGUCAAACACCAGAAAAAGGCUCCAGUAACAAAGGCAAAGGUAAAAACCAGCACAGCCAAACGGUGAAGAAAAAUAAGAAUUCCUCAACGUUGAAGCGACCUCGAGUCCUCGAAGCGACCUCGAGUCCCUCUUCACCUGAAGACUUUUUUUCUCAGCGAGACGAGUUCUCAUACGCCGACCCUAGUGCCAAGCGACACCGUUCUACUGGUGUCGCAAACUCCUCACCAGGAGUUCCAGGAGCACCCGGUAGCGGUAAUGCUUCUUAUAUCCGUCUCCUAAGACACGCAACGAAAGACGAGAGGCUAAAUAAACUCCGUGUACUGCUUGCAGGAGGACCGCCGCCAGCUUACGCGGGCGAGGUGGAACUGGUAGGAUGAACAUGAACUAGGACCACGUGGUGUCAACAUGAUCGCUUUGGAUGUGAAGUAGCAAGUAGUAAGUAGUGGUCCGUGCACUACGACAUGUCCCUGAUCAUGCCUGCUGUGAAUCUUUCUUCUGCCCUGACCUCCCUAACGAGCAUAGUCCUUUCGAUUCAAUUCCUCACUUGUCUACUGAACGAGGCUUGACAUCUCUUCUUCUUCGCUCCCGCACCCCACACAUCAAUGCUUCUUAUGAUUUGACAAGCUUAGCCACCACCCCUUACACCUUGUAGUUCUUAGUGGCCUUCCCUUCCCCCACCGCCACCUUGUGACAUUCAAUUAAUACAUCAAAACCAAGAAGCAGCACAAUUGUGCUUUUCACCCGAACUUGAAG